AUGGCCGCUCCCGCCGACGGCGUAUCGACGCGACGCGAUGGAUGCGCGAGGCUCGGGACGGCGGGCGCGGGGUCGUCGCGCGCCGCGCGCGAGCGGCAUCAUCGGCGCGGGAUCGGCAACCUCGUCGCCGAAACGUCGUCCUCCUCCUCCGCGGACGCGGCCACGUCGCCGCUGACGCACCUCGUCGCGGGAUCCAUCGCCGGAGGCCUGAGCCGCACCGUCGCCGCGCCCUUGGAGACGGUCAGGGUUCGGCUCAUGACCGGCGCGGCGACCGCGGGAGGCUCGUCCCCGUCGAUCUUGGCGAUGCUCGCGGACAUCUCGCGCCGCGAGGGCGUGCGGGCGCUGUGGAAGGGCAACGCCGCGGUCGUGGCGAGGUUCGCGCCCACCAAGGGCCUGGACUUCUUCACGUUCAACCUGUACAAGCGCGCGCUGUCCGCGGUGGGCGUCGGGCCCGUCCGCGCCGGCGACGAGAACGGCGACCGUCGGGGGGGGCAUCCGUCGACAGCCUCGCGUCCAUCGCGCGUUCGCGGGGGCGUCUCGGCGCAGAGAGCCGUCGCGGGCGGCCUCGCCGGCGCCACGUCCACCGCGCUGCUCUACCCGCUCGACAACAUCGCCACGCGCCUCGCCACGAGCGCCGCCACGGGCGCCGCGAUGGUCAACGGCGUGAAAGUCGUCGGCGCGCUCGGCCUCCUUCGCGCCAUCGGUCGCGUCGUGUCCACCGAGGGCGUUUCCGGGCUCUACCGAGGGUUCGGGCCCGCGGUGCUGGGAAUCGUACCCGAGGCGGCCAUCACGUACGGCGCGUACGACGCGUUGAAGGAGUGGGCGGCGGGUAAGGGGGGCGAGGGGGAGUGCGGGGUUCUGGAGGCGACGGCGUGCGGUAUCGUCGCGGCGUUGGCUGGCACGGCGGCGACGUUCCCGGCGUCGGUGGUUUCGCGGCGGAUGAUCACCGGGACGGUUCCGGGACUCGACCCGUCAGUCGGUUCAUCGGUUGGUGGUUCAGUUGGUGGGAAACGAGCCCGGGCGGCAUCCAUGGGUUUGUUCAAGGCGAUGGCGGCGGUGGCAGAGGCUGAGGGCGUUUUGGGUCUGUACCGGGGCUUGGGAACCGCGUCUGUUCGCUUGGUUCCCAUGGCGAUCGUGUCGUUCGCGUCGUACGAGUGGGUGAGGCGAACGAUGGACGCCGCGGACGCGAGGGCGCGGACGAAGGAGGUCGGGAUCGAAGUGGACGUGGCGUGA